AUGUCACACAAUGAAGAUAUGAACUGUAUACCAGAGGAGCUUGCAGCCUUCUACGAGAGCAUUGGAUCUGACUGGACUGAACUUGCACCACCUGGAUAUCAAGCUGCAUUUCUGGGAGUUAGCUCUUACUGCACAGAGCCAAUAGUCCCACCUUCUAUGCUCACCCCGAUCAGCCUACCAGAUAGCGCAUUCCGUCCUAGUCCUGCUCUCAGUCACCACUCGCAAGAAUAUGCCUCUCAAGAAUACAGAUAUACCAUUGGUGAUGGUAUGGUCCCACAGGGUCUUGGAAUUACCGCACCAUUCCCAAGUGAUUUCCCUCGAACAUCAGCUCCAACUGGUAGCUUCAUCUAUGCCUCGGAUGAUCUACCAUAUAACGUUGGUGAAAAUCCCAUGUCGCCAAGAAUCCCACCACCGAAACGUGUGAAGCGCAGAUCAUCUAAAUCACGUACACCAUCUCGCGAGACUCCAGUUACUAUACUCCCACACCCAGAAGGCAAAGAGCGAUUGGAACGGGAACGACAGAACUCCCGGCCCCCUCCGCUACUAUACCCCCGACCCCGGGCUCCGGGAAGGGGCCGUCGUGACCCACAGGCUGAGGAGGAGGAUGCAUUUGUGGAGGAUCUAAGACAGCAGAAUACGGCUUGGAGAGUGGUGCGCGAGUUAUUCCGCGAGAAAUUCCAAAAGGAUGCAUCGGAGGCACGUCUGCAAAUGCGAUUGCUACGUCGACGAAAGGAGCGUCUGGCACAAUGGGAAGAGUCAGAUGUCCAACUCCUAGUCGACGCGAAUGAGAUGUGGGAGAAGGAAAGAUAUCGCUUCAUUGCAGACAAGAUGAAAGAACUCGGCUCCUCGAAAGAAUACACACCUGUGCAAUGCAGAACACAGUUACGGCUCUUAGAAACGAAACAACAACGACAAAAUGGGAGCGCAUCUCCAUCAGCCAUGUCAGAUCCACCUCAUUCUCCAACGAUACCGAGAUCUCGAAAACGAGCGCGACCUUUAUCACUUGAACCAGAAUAA